GUAGGUAUUAUAUACAUAAAAUUUAAUUUAAACAUAUAUUCAUUUCAACUCAUUGCUGUAGCGGUACGUGUACUGGCCCUUCAUGUACCGGCCCGUGGUUGACGUCUACCUACGGGACGACCCGUUCUUGCCCGCGCCCGUGUCUGAGCUGAUGGCCCGUCCCCCCGCAUCACCCGUGCCCGUGCUGGGGGGCAGCACCCGUGACGAGGGCAUCCUCUUUGCACUCACGACUAUUCUGUUCGCACGGAACCCCGGGAGCGCGUCUCAGGUACACGACGAAGCGACGGUGUACCUGCUAGGCAGCCUCUGGCCUAACAUAACCUCUACACACGAGAUCUCGCACGUCCUACACUCCUACUACUACUCUCCUACUGCCAAGGAUAACCUAGACGAACUGCUCCUACAGAUGACUGAGGCUAUGACAGACCAGCUCGUGACGUCUUGCAUCUGGGACGCUUUUGCUCACCUUGCUGCCUCAACCCGAGCUCCUGUCUAUAC